GCUACCAGCAGCAGUGGUACUGCAGUAGACUGUUAGAGGUGUCAGCAGUAACUGGGGAUUUUUGUAGCUGACAAUUUUGGAAAAAGCUUAACAUAAAAGGCUAAGGGAAAACAAAACAGCCUCUUUGGGGGGGUCAUUGAAACAGGAUAACUGAUCUGCUGCAACAGUAUCAACAACAGGAUUCUAUUCCCUGCUCUGUGGAAUCUCUGCACUGGGGUCCCAGAUAAUGCAGAGAUGUGACUUCUCUAUGUGACCAAGAGCUCCCUAGCACAGCCUGCAAUCACACAUCUGACUAAAAAUGAAAACACAGCCUGCCACGUUCUUACUCCUCUUCUUUGUGAUUGGGUAUGGUUCCUCUGAAAACUCAACCACUUCUAGAGGCUGUGGUUUAGAUGUUGUCGUACGCUACGUCAACCUUUGCGAUCUGGAUGCCAUUUGGGGAAUCGUGGUGGAGGCUCUCACUGGAGCUGGUGUGCUGACCACCGUGUUGCUGAUGCUAAUUUUGCUAGUGAGACUUCCUUUCAUCACUGAAAGAGACAAGAGAAGUCCUCUGGGAAUACAUUUCCUCUUUUUGCUGGGAACUCUUGGAAUCUUUGGUUUGGCAUUUGCAUUUAUUAUCCAGGAAGAUGAGGCAAUCUGUUCCACCAGAAGGUUUUUGUGGGGUGUACUCUUUUCUCUGUGUUUCUCUUGUUUACUAGCUCAAGUUUGGAGAAUUCAUAGGCUCGUCCGACAUGGCAAGAGUCCACCUGGUUGUCAACUUUGUGGAAUGGUCGUAUGUCUCGUGCUGGUUCAGGUCAUUAUUGCAGCAGAGUGGAUCAUCUUGACAGUUGUCAGAGACAAGAAAUUGGCCUGCCAUUAUGAACCUAUGGAUUUUGUCAUGGUUUUGAUAUAUGUUAUGGUUCUCAUGGUGAUUACUUUGUGUCUCUCAUUUUUUACACUGUGCGGGAAGUUCCAGAAAUGGAAGAGAAAUGGAGUAUGCCUUAUUAUCACAAGUUUUCUUUCUGUUUUAAUAUGGGUGGCUUGGAUGACUAUGUACCUGUAUGGUAACAAUGCAGUAAAGAAAAACGAUAAAUGGAAUGAUCCCACAUUAGCAAUCGCACUGGUAGCUAGUGGCUGGGUAUUCCUUCUUUUCCACGCCAUUAUUGAGGUCCACUGCAGCAUAUUGCCACCACUGCAAGAGAAUACAACAAAUUACUUUGAUACCUCGCAGCCAAGGAUGCGAGAAACUCCCUUUGAGGAAGAAAUACAAAUUCCUCGUUGCUACAUGGAGAAUAAAGCUUUUUCUAUGGAUGAACAUAAUGCUGCCAUGAGAUCUGGUGGGUUUCGCAAUGGCAGUUUGGGAAGCCGCCCCAGUGCUCCCUUCCGAAGCAACGUGUACCAGCCUACUGAAAUGGCUGUGGUGCUCAAUGGUGGAACAAUCCCAACUGCUCCACCAAGUUACACUGGAAGACAUCUUUGGUGAAAGACAUAGAGAUUCCUGAGAGUCUAUAUUACAAGUUUACCCAAUCACCCUGUCUUUGUGAGGGAGGCAUCAGUAAGGAUAGCAGAGCCAAGCCGCUCAACAUUCAAGAGCUCGGGUAAUCCUACCUCAAAGAGCUUAUCUAAUCGUGGACAGUUGUGAACUAUUGAGAUAACAGCUAAUGGUGGACAUUGUCAAAAUAAACUUGAACUUGGUUCACACCAUCUACCAGUGUCAGUUUUAUCGACCAAUUUUCUCCUUUGCCCAAUGAGUGGUAGACCGGAAUAUAGUGCUUUGAUCUGGGGCAACUGAAAAGGUUAAAAUUUAAUUUACGUUUAAUAAUAUGAAAGCAUUUCUGACUGGCUGCUUGAUUUGUCUGCAAAGAUCCUGACUUUUUUUAAAUUUAUUUUUAUCCCAUUGACCAUUUUAGUAAGUCCAUAAUUAAGGAAUUAGAAAUGUUGAGACAUCUGUAAUCUUCAGAUCUCCAGAGAUAAUCUUGGUGUUAUCUAGGAACGAAGAGUGUGUGUAUGUGUGUGUAUGUGUAGAAAGCUAAAAUUGGCACAUAAACAUAUUAAAUGAACUGAAAAAGGGGGUAGAGCACAUACAGGCUUUCAAAUAGCUAUUAUUCAGAGAAUCAAAAUGUUCUUUUUGUACGAGAUUUUUGAAUUUGAAUAAAGCUGUGAUGUAUGGUUUGUGGCUCCUUAUCUGAGCUUUUAUGUAAGGUUUCCUUUAUAAAACUAGUUUGACUUUGACAUUCGUCUGAUGUAAAGUGCACUAUUAAUACAAAUGCAAUAUAACAGGAAUAAUUUGAAAACUACAAAAUUUAUUUUUCCAGAGAGCAGCUUUGCUUUUAAUCCAGAUAGCAAUCAUUGUGAAUAUUACCAUUUAAAAGCAAAUCUUGCAAGAAUUAAAAUGUAUCUAUAAAUGCCGCCUUAAGAAAGUAUCCAGUUUCCUGUUGUUUAUGGGUCUCAGUUUGCCUAGAAUGCUGUAUUAUUGAAACCAUUGCUUAGUAUUGUACAAGACAUUCAUGUAAUUUAUUUGGGCAGUCAAUCCAUAUGCAUACCUCCCAAGUGUCCCGAUUUAGGAUGGACAGUCCCCUUUAUAAGCUCUAUAUUGUUAGUGUGUAUAACAGAGCCCGACAGCAAUAAUGCUCACAGCAAUGUGUCAUUAAACUACAAUAAAUGUGUGUAAAUAAGAAACAUUGAUCUUGUUUUAAAUUACAUUUUAGUUAUGAAAAUUGUUUUCAGUUAGUCACUUAAAAUGUCUCAGAACACCGAGCCACGCCCCCCACACACCCUUAAAAUGAGUUUCGCUAUUUGACAGUUUGAGAUAUUGGGAGGUAUGCAAAUGGGGUGCUCAUUUUUCAUACAAAUUACAUGAAAAUCGGUCCUGAUGAGAGAAAGUGUAGUAGAGGAGUGACUGAAUGACGCAUUGAUUUCCAUUGAAAGAAAUUCCCAGUGAAAAAGUAUUUUUUCAAUUGUGAAAAGCUGGCUAAAUAUACAUCAUAAAAUCAAAUGCAUGGUUCAAGGAAGAAUGUUUGGCGAUUGCAAGUGAACUACAAAACAUAUUAAAGUAAUUACCGAAUCUAUUUAUUUUGGUAUAUAUAAUUACAUAAAAUUGGGCUCAACAAGUUUACAAUACCUUUUAUCUGUUUGUGUUUCUUAGAUAUGUCUUCAUUUGAUUAUUUUAAACAUAACCUCCCUGGCAGCAAUUUUGAAAAUUACAAAAAGGUUGAAAAGUAUUUGUAUAAGUACAUCCCGCAUUCACCCACAAUAUGAAAAAGCAGUCUGCAGUCAGUUUUGUAUUAAUAUGAUUUCAUCACAUCUGGACCAACGCAUUUCAUCACUUAAUAAAUUCAUGCUCAUUCACUCAUGUUUCCAUAUUGAGGCACUUUACUUGUAGAGAUUGCACAGGUGGAUUGUGUUAUGUGAACAUAACUGCAUUAAAACUCAAAACGAGUUACAAUAAAAUUAUACAGCUAUUUGCUCUAGAAUUGUACUUAAAGUGAAACUUCACUGCUCAAA